UUAUAUGAGUAUAAAAAUGACAAGUAAUUAGGCAGUGGUGAAGUAGAAGCAGAAAGGUAGAUUGGCAAGUCUGAACCGACACUAUGAGUAGCUAUGGCGGUAACUCUUCUCAGAUUCAAAGUGUGCCAUUAUUCUCAUUUCUAUUUCUAUUUCUAUGGAUGCUUUCUUCUUCUUCUUCAUUAGUUGUCAGUGUUGUUAAUAACAAUGGAUGCAAUAAACCAGCAGUUCUAUUCGUGUUUGGUGAUUCAAACUCGGACACGGGUGGACUCGUUUCUGGACUCGGUUUUCCUGUCAAUCUUCCCAAUGGUCGGACUUUCUUUCACAGAUCCACCGGUCGUUUGUCUGAUGGACGCCUCGUCAUUGACCUUCUCUGCCAAAGUUUGAAUACAAGAUUUUUGACCCCAUACUUGGACUCCAUGUCUGGAUCCACAUUCACAAAUGGUGCAAACUUUGCAGUGGUAGGAUCCUCUACCCUUCCAAAAUAUGUUCCUUUCUCUUUAAAUAUUCAGGUGAUGCAGUUCCAGCAUUUCAAAGCUCGUAGCCUCGAACUUGCUACCACAGGUGCAAAAAAUGCGAUCAACGACGCAGGCUUCCGGGAUGCACUCUACUUGAUUGACAUUGGGCAAAAUGACCUUGCUGAUUCAUUUACCAAGGGUCUAUCAUAUGUGCAAGUCACCAAGAGGAUCCCAACAGUUAUCAUUGAAAUUGAGAAUGCUGUUAAGAGUCUGUAUAAUGAAGGUGGCAGGAAAUUUUGGAUACACAAUACUGGGCCCUUUGGCUGUCUUCCUAAAUUAAUCGUACUGUCUCAGAAGAAAGAUCUCGAUUCAUUUGGAUGUCUUUCUAGUUACAAUUCUGCUGCAAAAUUGUUUAACGAAGCGCUGUAUCAUUCAAGUCAGAAACUAAGAACUGAAUUGAAGGAUGCUACCAUAGUCUAUGUUGAUAUUUAUGCCAUUAAGAAUGACCUCAUCACAAAUGCCACCAAAUAUGGUUUCUCAAAUCCAUUGAGUGUAUGCUGCGGCUAUGGAGGUCCUCCUUAUAAUUUUGAUGUAAGAGUGACAUGCGGUCAACCUGGUUAUCAAGUUUGUGAUGAAGGAUCUAAGCAUGUGAGUUGGGAUGGAAUCCAUUAUACAGAGGCUGCAAAUACAUGGAUAGCUUCUAAGAUACUUUCAACGGCUUAUUCCACACCACGGAUACCUUUUGGUUUUUUCUGCCGCAACUGAUAUCUUAUGGUGAUCAAAUUAUGCACAUUACAACGGUGCAAAACAGUGAACCUCCGGUUAGUUCAUUUGUUGUUGUAUUACUAUCUCUGUACUUCUCCAAGGAUAGGUUUUUGGUCAUACUCACACUGAAGCUCUAAGAAAUCAAGGGACAUGCAAUUUGAAGCCUUAUCACAGUGUCUUUGUUAUCUGUCAAAGGAGAGUGUUUGAUGUUGUAUUAUGUAUAAACAAUGGUUGAGAAAAAUUUAUGCAUUUUCCUCAAUGCCAGUAUUAUUAUGAACAAUAUAUGAAAGCAAUAAUUUACUGAUCAAGUAACAUAAAA